AUGGUCGAAAUCAGACAGUACCACCUGUUCCCCACAGACCUCGUCCCGAACUCGCCGCGGCCCCUCCUCCACUACAGAAACGUCCUCCCCAAGAACCCGAAGACGUCCCACUGCUCCGCGGGAGAGGUCUGGGACCGAUUCACCAGCAACGGGUGGGACGUGCAGUGGAUCUUCCGCUACGGCCAGACGCAGCUCUCGCACUUCCACUCCAAGGCGCACGAGUGCAUGGCCGUCCUCUCCGGCACGGCGACGAUCCGCUUCGGGGUGGCGGACACCUCGGAGGACCUCGACAAGAACACGUACGAGUCGGCGUGGGAGAAGGGCGGGGUGGAGAUCCAGGCGGAGGCCGGCGACGUGUUUGUGAUCCCGGCCGGGGUGGCGCACAAGACGUACAACACGAGGCCGGAGGCCGAGUUCGGUCUCUUGUCGCCGGGGAAGGCGCACGGCAUCGAGGCGGAGAAUCCGAGAGAGGUCUUGAACAACAUUGAGUUGUCGGGAUACACGAUGAUGGGGGCUUACUGCGGCGGGGAGUGGGAUUUUGUGCUGGGGGGAGGGGACUUUGAGAAGGUCUGGGGCGUGCCGAAACCCAAGUACGAUCCCGUCUUUGGGGAUUCAGAGAACGGGCUUCGCAGGACGUGGAAGGGAGAGGGCGGAGCGCAGAACGAUAUCGAGGUGAAGCUUUGA